UCGAACCAGAUUUGGGUGUUGAUUUCGGAUUCGAUUUGAUAUAUCGGAAGAACGAGAAUGAAAAAGUCGAGCAUGCAUAGCAAUAUGCAGGAUUACGUUUGGGCCUUGGGUCUCAAUCGGCUGAGUCUCAGAUUGAUGGGCGUCUGGCCCGCGGACACCGACGGCAAUGACGCGACUCUGAGUCGCUUCAGAGUCCCGAUCAUGAUAUCGGUCAUGUUUUUCAAUAUUUUUCUGCCUCAAAUGUACGCGUUGGCUUUGGUGUUGAACGAGUUGCCGCUGGUGAUCGACAAUCUGAUGACGAGCUCCGCGGCACUCGCCUCGUGCUUCAAGCUCUUCUUCUUGUGGAAGGCCAAAAAUGUCAUGAAUCCGGUAGUGGAGUCCAUGAGGCAAGACUGGCUGCAAACGAGGCAGGACUGGAGCUCGAAAAUCAUGCGGAGCGCAGCCGUCAAAGGCCGUAUCUUCGCGAUGAGCGGCUACCUCAUCAUAGUCGGCUGCUACUGCGGCUUCGCCGUCUCCCCGUUUCUCGGCUUCAACAUACGCAUGAUUAGCAACAUCACCGAUUACGGCGAUCGCCACAUGCUCGUCCAGUCCUACUAUCCGUACGACUACUCCAAGAGUCCGAUUUUCGAGCUGACCUUCGGCAGCCAAUUGGUGGCCGGCAUCUUCAUCGGCAUGUCGGUGUCCGUGCCCGACAAUUACUUCGCCGCGCUGGUGUUCCAUUACAGCGCCCAGUUCGAGAUUCUCGGCGCACGGGUCGAACAACUGAUUCGCGACGACUGCUCUCUCGACGCUGAGAGUCACUUUUUCAGCGAAAAUUGGCCACGGCUGGUUGACAGGCACGUCCAUCUGAUGACAAUGGUUUCUGCGAUCGAACAGUCUUUCACAUUUAUAAAUUUAGGCCAAAUAUUGUGCAUGUCCUGCAUGGUCUGUUGCUUAGGAUUCGAGUUGAGCGUAAGUUCAAAUGUAUAAGGUUCGAUUAACUUGCAAUUCACUUAUGGUUCUGAUGUACAGAUUUUUUCCGGCGGAGAAUACAAGCCGUCGGCAUUGCAAAUACUCACGCUAGUUGGAACUUUAAUCAUGAUGAUGUCGCAUACUCUGGUCGAUUGCAUUGCCUGCGAAUUACUAGCCUCCAAUAGUUCUGGAGUAUUCCAUCAUAUAUCAAGUGGUUUGGGCUCGAACAUCACUCGACGAAAAAUCAAAGAUAUCAUUCCGAUGUUAAUGACGUCAAAGAAACCUCGUAAACUCACUGCGGGCAAAAUGUUUAAUUUAAACUUGGCUAGUUAUUGCAGCAUUUUGAAAUCUAUCGCAGGCUACAUAUCGAUGUUGAUCGCUGUCAAUCAAAGAUAGACGUUGAUACGAGAAUUUAGACAUAACUUUUUUA